AUGGCGUCCAGGUCGCUUGUAAUAAAUGAGUUCCUGUAUUAUUUGGAAAAUAAUUGGAAUUUAGUUGAGAAUGAAACGUUUAUUAAUAAUAUAUCUGUGUUUUAUACUCACGAGGAUAUUGUAAAUGCAAUUAAGUUGAUAAAAAGUGAAUUAAAUAAUUUUAAAAUUGAAAAAAGUGAAAAAUUGCAGUCGCGCGGGAAUAUGAAAACUGAAAAAAUAUUAGAAUGUAUAUCGUUAAUUAAACAGUUGAAAGAAAACCAAUGUUGGGACAAAUGUCCAUUAUUUGUUAGUUGUAAUUUAAAUAAAGUUCCGAAGUCUGAAAAUUUGUUAACAUUGAACUUUGAAACUAUCAAAUUAGAAUUAAAAGAUAUAUUGCACAAACAACAGGUGCAAUUUAACAAAGUUAUUGAAACUGUUGAAAGUAAUAAAGCUGAUAUUAUUUCAUUAAAAAACGUUAUUAAAACUGCUGAUAUUAAUAAACCAGAAGUUAAUACAUUGAAAAAUAAAUUAAAUUCUAAUGUUGUAAGUGACUACAGUACUGAAAUGACAAACAAGGAGGGACAAAAGAAAAAUGUCAGUAGUUCUCUGUGGUCAGACAUAGCAAAGUCAGAAGACUACGGUACCCCGUUCACAACUGUAAACGGAAAAAAAUCACGUCAAAAUAACAACAAUUGUGAGAAACAAAACAACUCAGGAGAAACCAGCAACAACCCAACAAACAACAAACAAACUGGAAAAAAGACAGCUAUGAAAAUAAUCGGUAAAAAAGUUUCAAAUGAUUGCAAACUGAAGGCAGAUAAAAUCUUAAUGAAAAAAUCUGUGUUCUGUUUAAGCAACGUCAGCAAGUGCCACAGAAAUUAUGUGAUGGCCUACCUAACCGACAAUCGUAUCCAUGUUGUUUCCUGUUAUCCCGUACUCAAACAACUCAAUAAAAUGGCACCAGCUUCUACAGCCGACGUCAAUAACAAUAAUAAUAGUCAAACUGAGAAUAAAAAAACAGAUGAAGAAGAAUCCAGUACGUUUAGAGUUUGCAUCGAUAGCUCUGAUUCUAAGAAAAUGAAAGACCCUGACAUAAUGCCCCAGCACGUUAUAAUGGAUAAACAACAUGUUGAUAAUGAUGAUGACAGCAGUGAUGAUGAAGAAAAAGACAAUUUAAACCCCAAGCAAACUACAUGUAAAAGGUAUGACAAUUUUGAGACGUUGAAUGAUGAAUAUAAAUUAAUAAAUAAAGAUUUUGAUAGUAGUAUGUUUUUCAACUUAAUGCAUUUGAACAUAAGAAGUUUGGUCAACAAAACCGAUGAAUUAGAAAGCUAUUUGUCAAACAGUCACAUCAAAUUCAAUGUAGUUGCGAUAACAGAAAGCUGGUUAAACGAACGUACUGAAAGUUUGGUUGGCAUGGAUGAAUAUAGAUAUGUAGGCAAAAAUCGUCGUGACAAACACGGUGGAGUUGGUUUCUAUGUCUGGAAUGAUUCUACCUUUCGAAUAAGAGAUGAUUUAAAUACCAUUGGCUCGCCAAAGUUUGAAAUGAUUGCAAUAGAGAUCAUUAACAAUUUUAAAUCUAAAAAUUCAAUUGUGAUGGUUAGUUAUCGACCUCUAAUAUACGAAAUUAAACAAUAUUUUAAAGAAUUAGAACAAGUUUUACAAAUAACUAGUAAUGAAAAUAAAUUUGUUUAUCUUUUGGGAGAUCUAAAUAUUGACUUAUCGCCAGAAGUUAGCAGUAUAAAUAAAAUUCAAUUGAACCAACUUGUGACAUGUUACUACCUCAAAUCCAUGAUCACAGUUCCUACAAGAAUCAGUAAUACAAAAAAAUCCACUAUAGACAUUUUGUUUACAAAUCAUCCAGAAAAUAUUAUACAAUGUGGUACCAUUUUAUGCGACCUAUCAGACCACAUCCCACUUUUUUCUUCCACUAAUCAAAAAAUAAAUAAUAAGACAGUUGCUGACGUUACAUUUUCAAAAUAUUCUUAUUCAACACACAGAAUGAAUAAUUUAAAUGAAGGUUUAUGUAAUGCCGAUUGGACAAGUGUGCUGAGCUGCGAUGAUGUAGAUGUGGCCUUCCAAAAUUUCAUCGACAUCUUUCGGUUACAUUAUAAAACUUAUUGUUCAGUGACCUCUAAAAGACAGGCUCAGAAGAUAACAAAAAACAAACCGUGGAUAACUAAAGAAUUUAAACAAAUGUUAAAAAAGAAGAAAAUGUUAUAUAAAAAAUAUCUAAAGCACACAUCGUCAGACAACUUUACAGCACUCAAUGCAGCAAAUUAUGCAACAAGAUCAAGUGCCAGUUGA